UGUAUGGAGGCUCGCAAGACUGACAUGUGGUGGGUUUUGCUUAUAAUAAGAAGCAAAAAUAAAUUAAACGUGAAAUAUGAAUGUAAUAAACAUGAACAGCCAAAAGAUGACAAAUCUAGACGACGUGUUGGUGAAAUUUAAAUUAUCAGGACGAUAUUAUAUACAGUGUUUAACUUUAAUGUCCGUAGCGUUUAUGAGUAACUGCAUUAACUGUCAAAACUAUGUGUUCGUUGCAGAAAAAGUUAGCUACAGAUGCAAGGACGCGGAUUAUCGGAGCGAGAGCUGCACAAACAUCAACAAUGGCUCUGAAGUCUGCAAUGAAUGGGUGUAUGACAACCCCUAUAGUUUUAUGUCUGAAUUUCAGUUGGCUUGCCACGAAUGGAAGAGGACAUUAGUCGGCACUGUGCACAGUUGUGGUUAUAUGAUUGGCCUGCUUAUAGUUGGACCAUUAUCAGACAGAUGGGGUAGAAAAUUAACAGUAGCAGUCACUGGAACCAUCGGCGGUAUUUUAGGGAUCUCCAAAAGUUUUGCUACAUCAUAUUGGAUUUACGUUACUCUUGAAUUUAUGGAGGCAGCCAUAGGAAAUACUGGAUCACCUAUAUUCAUGUUGUCAAUCGAAAUAGCUGCAGUAGAAAAACGCCUUAUGGUUGUAUUGAUUACGUCUAUGGGAUAUGCUUCUGGUUUUAUAGCUUUCCCACUAGCAGCUUGGCUCGUUCCUUAUUGGAGGAAUCUGCUGCGAGUGUUAUACGGACCACCUUUAUUAUUCAUCUUUUACAUUUUCCUAUUGGACGAAAGCCCCCGAUGGCUCCUCAGCAGGGGCAACAAAGAUGGAGCUGUAGCGAUUUUAGAAAAAAUGGCUAAAUACGAUAAAAUAACAAUCGACAAAGAUGUUCUAGAAAACUUGACAUAUGAAAAGAAUGAGGACAUAACGUUAGUCCAGUUACUGAAGCAGACAAUAACAUCAAGAACUUUGUUGAAGAGGUUACUCAUAUGUGUAGUUUGGUGGAUUGCCUCGACUUUCGUCAACUAUGGAAUGCAAAUACACUCUGUGUCGUUAAAAGGAAAUAAAUACAUUAACUUUUCAUUUUUAAGUAUAGUGGAAGUCAUUUCAACUAUUAUCACCAUCUACACAUUGUCACGGUUUCGACGAAAAAAAUCAUUGAUUCUUAACUUCUUACUGGCUGGAUUGUUCUGUUUUAUUCAACCGUUUAUACCAUCAAACAUAAAUUGGUUAUCCAUCAUAGUAUACAUGGCUGGGAAGCUUAUGUCCGCGACAUACUUCAACAUAACCUAUGUCUACACCUCGGAACUGUUUCCGACUUAUACAAGAAACUCUAUGCAUGCAUUAUGCUCGUCUCUGGGCCGGAUUGGUUCCAUCAUCGCACCACAAACACCAUUGCUAACAGUGUAUUGGCACGGGCUGCCGUCCCUGGUGUUCGGGCUGGCAUCCCUGCUGGCGGGGAUGGCGACACUAUUCGCCCCCGACACAGCCGAUGACGCACUCCCCGACAACGUCACACAGGCAGAGGCGCUGGGGAAAAAACAAAAGAAAGAUCCUGACUCACUUUUCUAAAUCAAUUUAUUACAAAUUUAUUAACAUAGAACUUCCAAGUUUUUAUUAGAAAAUUAGAAGCGUUAUUGUGGGAUGGAAAUAAAAGCUUGGCAAAUCAGCUCCA